AUGAUUAUAUUCGCAAACCCCGAUCCAACUAGGUUGUCUAUAUCAAAAAUCAAAGAAGAACUUGACUGGAGAAAUUUGAGUUAUGAUACUGAAGAAAAUAGAACCAGCUUAAUUAGUCUAUUGAAAGCGAAUAUUCAACAAGAAACAUCAAAUAUGAUAAAAGGUUUGAAAGAAAAUCAAGAAGACGGAAAAAAAGGAAGAGGUAAACGUAUGACAGAAGUUGUAAAAGAAAUAUUGAAAACUCUCUUUCAUGCUGGUGAUGAAGAUAAAAGUGAAAGAUAUACGGCAAAAGAAAUGCUUCAAGAUCUGCAACAAAGAGUACAAAUAGGAGAAGCAGCGAAAGAAGCCAAAGCAACA